CACUCUAUCCCUCUGCACGCCUGUCCCCACCUCACGUGACAGGCCUGUGAGUGUGAGCUGCGCUCCGCCUGGCUGUGAGUGUGGCUCCGGCAUGAGGACGAGGAAAAGCGGGGAGCCGGCCACACCAUGAUCCGCAGAGCGAGGCUCAGCUUCAAGCCGAACGUCAGGCCCAGCGGCCGUGCAGGCGGCGGACAGGAUGGAGGAGGCGCUCCCCCAGCUGAGCCUCUACCUGAUCCCGGAAAGGAUACCAGGGCAGAGGGUGGUACAGGGGCCCCUGUCACUGAGGAGCCCGUACUACCGCCACCCAAGGAGGAGAGCAAGGCAGAACCUGUUGAAUCAGCGGCUACAGUCGGCGAUGAGACUCCGCCAAGUAAGACGCCUUCCGCUCCACUCCAAAGGAGGAAGAGAAUUUCUACUUUGCCUAACCUGGCCAAACCAAGGGUUUCAAAUUCUGCCUCUGAUGUGGUUCUUAAAGUUUCACAAGCGGAUGUUCCUUCAAUGCCACCCGUCACCCCCGCCCUAUGUAGGAGUGAGGGACCAGAGAAGGGCAAGGCGCUGAGCUCUCAGAAACCCCCGGUGCCCCUGUCUCCUCCUCAAGGGCAACAUGUAAGUUUACCUGAAAAAAGGACACCGGUACCUCAGGUCCCUCAGUUUUCUCCAUACAAGAAAUCUGUCCUUAAGCCCCAGGACGUUAGUACUGCCAAACCUGUGGAGGGCCCCCAGAAGGAGGAGCCCAGCCCGCUGAAGGAGCGGCCGUCCCAGAAAUCCUGCCCCAAUGAAGUCUAUGAAGUGGUGAAACCAGUGAGAAAGACCAUCACCAGCAAUCUGGAAAGGGAGAGGCUUAGACGAGCGCAGAAACUUCGCGAUUUGCUGAAAGCUGAAUUGCAUAAUGAGCGGAAAGCGUGGAGGGCGAAACAUCCCAUUAUCAACCCAUUGGAAGAGCUGGAAAAAUCCAAGAUGACGAUGAGAGAUUUCAUACACUUCAUUCCAAUGAGUAACCCAAUGAGCUCUUCACUUGAAGAAAGUCCAAGCCCUGAGAAGUCUAUCCCCGUGGAAUCUCCGGUUUCUGGAUUGGGAGGGAAAAACAGCAUAGAAGAUGAUCUUGAUGAUGACGAAGAAGCAGAUGAUAGCCAGAUGCUGGCACCUCGUGUGAAGGUGGCAGAGGAUGGCUCCAUUAUUCUUGAUGAGGAGAGUUUAACCGUUGAAGUCUCCAGAAAUAAAGCACCGAUUGUUGAAGGGAAUGAUCCAAUUUUUGAACGAGGUUCCACAACAACAUAUUCUUGUUUCCGGAAGACGAAUUACUCCAAGCCGUGGUCUAAUCAAGAAACUGAUAUGUUCUUCAUGGCCAUCAGUAUGGUGGGAACAGACUUUUCAAUGAUUGGACAACUUUUCCCUCAUAGGGAAAGAAUAGAGAUUAAGAACAAAUUUAAGAAGGAAGAACGAGUGAAUGGAUGGAGGAUAGACAAGGCUUUUAGGGAGAAGAGAGAUUUUGAUUUUGAAUUUUUUGCUGCGCUCCUCGAUAAAGCUCUUGAAGCAGGAAAGAAAAAGAAAACAAGAAGUCAACAGCCACGUAAGACGAAUGCUAAACCACGCAAGAAACAAAAAGGCAAAGCGGCCUCAGAGCAAAGCCUUUGUGAUGAGGAAUUGAUUAUAUCAGAAGAGGAAGGAGCGGAUGCUAGAACAGCAGAGAAGGAGAACAACAGAUCUCUAGAUGUUGAUGACUGCUCGGCGGUGGCUGAACCUGCCGCUGUCAAAAAUAAGAGGGCCAAGAGGAAAAAAGAUCACGCAAAGGAACCCGACGAGGAAAAUCAGGAGUCACAGGAUGACGACGUAACACAGAUACCAAAAAAGAAGUCUAAAAGAAAGAUCACCGCACGGGACACUGACAACAGACCCGAGCUUCAGUCAGUAGAUGGUGAUGGAAAUCUUAAAGAGCCCCUUGCUGAAAAGAAGACCAGAGUGCAACAAAAUAAACCUAAUUACAAAGAAUCUGAAUUGGAUGAUGAUGAUGAUGAAGAUGAUGCAGACUUGGACAUAACCGAAGAGUUUGAGCCUGAUGAUGUAGACCUGCCUUGUAAAGCCGGGGAAGCUGAUGUCUCCUCUCAGUCGGUGGCUGUUACAUGUGAAGAGGAAACCUCACUAGUACUCUUUACUGAAGAGAGCGACUGCCAGUCAGGACUCGAGGAUCUAUCUGGCCUGCUUCACAGUCUAAGUGAGGUCAAAGAAGCUGCGUCACAACCCUCCGAUGUGUCUCUGGUUGGAGAAGCUGAGCCCAUGAUGGAUGUCCCCCAGGAAGAAACCAGCCUCCCUGCGUGUAAUAAGGUUGACAGUUCAGAUGCUGGAAGUGGACAGGUUGAUGAACAGGAUUCCGAACAUAAGGAUAAGCAAAAAGUGCCUCAAGGACGCAGAGUGCGACCUGCUCCAAACUUAUCCAGAGCUUCUGUGAAGAAGGUGUCUGCUGAAGAGCAAAGUGAUCCCAAACAGCAGACUGAGCGCAGUGAUGAUGUAGAGGUUGGGAAGAGUGAUGAGAAAAUAGUACAGGAAGGUGUCUUGAGUGUGGACCCACUGAUGGAAACAGAUAAAGCAGCGAAUUUGAGAGAAGAACCCAAUACACCACCGAAACCCUCAGUAUUAUUGAAAGGCCGAUUUCAGAGGCCAAGGCCAAAUCUCGGUCGAGCAGCAGCCAAGAGAGACAGGCUGACCUCACCAGAAGAGCCAAAGAACAUGCCUGAGGGAGAGGCCUGUGUGGAGAGCGCUUCAGAACAUGAUGACACCACCUCAGAUAUACCAGUUAAAGAGGCAGAACCAAAGCCUUUGCUUGCAAAAAGUAAUAUGGGAAGUUCCAUUACUGAAGAAGUUUCUAUAACUUUGGAAAAACAUGAAGAUGGAGGAUUUCAUGGGACAUCUGUAGAUUCUAACCCAACCAUGGCUGGUAAAGAGGAAAGUGCAUCUGACGAUAAAAAGGAGACCUCAAAACCAAUUUUAACAAAGGGCAGAUUUCAGAAACCAAAGCCAAAUUUGAACAAAUCUGUAACCAGAUCGGCUGUGACUGCUCCACCGGAGCCUCCUGUGCAGAAGGAAGAGAAGAAAACUGGUGCGACAUCCCCUGACCAUACUGAUCCCAAUACGUCUGUGGAUCUGUCAGUGUUAUCACCUGGAGCUGCAGAGAUGAAAUUGUCUACAGCAGAAGAUCUAUGUGACGCGGCUUCUGUUCCAUCACUUGCCCAGACUGGUAAAGAGGAAAGUGCAUCUGACGAUAAAACGGAGACAUUGAAACCAAUUUUAGCAAAGGGCAGAUUUCAGAAACCAAAGCCAAAUUUGAACAAAUCUGUAACCAGAUCGGCUGUGACUGCUCCACCGGAGCCUCCUGUGCAGAAGGAAGAGAAGAAAACGGGUGCAACAUCCACUGACCAUACUGCUCCCAAUAUAUCUGUGGAUAUGGCAGUGUUAUCAGCUGGAGAUGUAGAGGUGAAAUCAUCUAUAGCAGAAGAUCCAUGUGACACGGCUUCUGUUAUGUCACUUGCCCAGACUGGUAAAGAGGAAAGUGCACCUGACGAUACAAAGGAGACCUCAAAGCCAAUCUUAACAAAGGGCAGAUUUCAGAAACCAAAGCCAAAUUUAAACAAAUCUGUAACCAGAUCGGCUGUGACUGCUCCACCGGAGCCUCCUGUGCAGAAGGAAGAGAAGAAAACUGGUGCGACAUCCACUGACCAUACUGAUCCCAAUAUGUCUGUGGAUGUGGCGGUGUUAUCAGAUGGAGAUGCAGAGGUGAAAUCUACAGUAGAAGAUACAUGUGACAAAUCACUUGCCCAAUCAGAAGAAGCCAUAAGUGAUGCAAAACAAGGGGAAGCAGAAGCUUUAAAACCUGUCCGCACCAGAUUUCCAAAACCUAGUCCAAACCUUGUCCGAGCAGCUAUGAGAAAGGAGACCGUGGCUACGGAGCCUAAAACUCCAGAGAAGGGUCAAGGAACAACAAAGGUCAGUGAUAAGAACCCAGAGCUGUUGAAAACUGAGGAUAUUCUUGAUCCGUCCAUUGCUGGACAUGGCGGUAAAGAAACUGAACACGGCACUGAAGAAAAGUCUGCAGCUAUCAAGCCAGCGCAGCUAAAGCGUGGCAGACUUAUUAGACCAGUCCCGAACUUUGUAAAACAGUCUCCAAAGACCUUGAGCUCAUCACAGAGCAAGACAAGCGAAGAUGUAGAUGGCGGUGCUCCUGCGCUCAAGGAUAAAGAACAUGUGGCCACGUCCUCGCCAGCUAGCAAAAGAAAAGCCUCGGAUUGCGAUGUUGACGUCUCCCCCAAGAGACUUUGCCCCUCUGGCACACCCCAGAAGACUUCAUGUUUGCCAGACUCUGAAGUGGACCAAGCUUCAUUGACCAGUGAACCUCAGAGCAGCGGCCAGGCUAGCAUUGUGCAGGACACCGCUACUCCUCAACGCUCUAAAUUUGGUAGGCCUCUGAAGAAACUGUCCACAGCACCAGCUUCUGCGUCUCCCAAAUCCGAAAAUUCAUCUGACUGUCCAGAGAAAGAAAAAGCUGCACGCAAUGUUAAAUCAAGCACAACCAAAAUCUCAAAGCCAGUGCCCGGCAAAAGCAAGGGGAAGACCACGCUGGUGAAGAUCAGGGCUACACGGCAGGAAGAAGAUGAUGAUGAUGAAGAAGAUGCGGACCCGGGGUUUGAAGAAGAGAGUUAUGAUCUUGCACCUGAUAUGCAGAACCAGGCUCCAGUGUUCGUUCCCUUUAGUCUGAGGUCACCUAAGCCAGUUCCCGCUGAGAUUGAGGAGACCGUGGAAGAGCUUGAAAUACUGGUGGAUGCUGUGGAUUUGCCGAGUAGUGCAAGCCUGGAUUUGGGAGAAACUCCUUUUCAGCAUGUUGUGGAUCCUCAAGCUCAACCAGAUAAGAAAGGACAGUACGAUGGAAGUGCUGAAGCAGCAAUGACCCUAAUAUCAAUGGGCAGUUCUGUCUACAAGACUAAUAUAAAGGAACUUUUGUCUCCUGAUCCUUGUAGAGAAAAUGAUAUCUCCAGUCCUGGAAGGCAGAGCAGCCAAGAACCUCACACGGGUUUAAAACUGCUAUUGUCUCCGUCAAGGAAUUUUCUAUCAAGUCCUUCUCAUGAUGCAUGCGCUAUGGAGAGCAGCAUUACAGUAGAUACCAGAACGGUGGAAGAUUCUCGCUCUGAUCCCAACCUGGAGAAAAAAACCGAGACAAAUGUCACUAGAUCAGACUUUGGUUCAGCUGAGAAUUUACCGAAUCCAAUAAAUGACAACUUAACAUUUACAGUUGAGCAGAUAAGUUACCCUGUUGCGCAGCAAGAUUUUAAUUCUCCAGAAGUCGAAGCAUCAGAUGGCCUACUAGAAGGACAUGACACUGGAGAGGAAGCCACAUUUAUUUUGACACUAGUGGAAAUUCCCAUUAAUGAUGACUAUGCCUAUUCAUGUGAUUCAAGCAUGGCAGAAAGUCUUCCUGCUCCUGUGUUGAUCAGUUCGGGCUCCUCUCAAGUUCUGACACCGGAUCUGAAUCCCAGUUUGGAGACUGUACACGGCUCAUCUGAGACAAUCAGCCAGGAAGACAAAGAUCUCCUGUUCAGAGAGUCUUCUGGACAUAGAAGUGCUCAGUGCAUGGACGGAGAAGACCACCCUCCUCUGCAAGAGAAACCGCUUAACUCUGAGCAAGUCGUUGAUCUGGAAAUCAAAGCUACAGCUUGUGAAGUGGAUGGGGAUGGAAAACCUGCACCUGAUCUUUCAGUUCCUGAGCCCAAGCCUGAAGAACCAGCUGAAGCUACUCAAAUCAGUGCUACUCCUGUAAUAGAGAGACCCCCUAACUGGCCAGUACCAAAACCCAGUGCUACUGUGCCUGUGGAGAUGCCUGGAACGUCGUUCGAUUCAUUAAACAGAAAUUUGCCUUUGGUUUAUACAAACUCAGUGACAACUUCUAAAACGACAUUAAAAAGACCUGGGAAAAAACCAUUGGGAUUUUUACCUUUGGUUUGCAAAGAAAAGCAGGCUAAGAAAGCCAACGUAGAAAACAAAAAAAAGAAAUAUCUACCAACGCCAAAAUGUAGAAAGAAGUCCCCUACAGUUCACAGUCCACAGAAAGGAAGUCCAGAUGUAAACGUAGAAAAUGACAGUGAAGUGCCUUCAUCAUCAUCAUCAUUAUCUGCAGAAAUGGAAAGUGCUGCUUCUCAGAAUGCCCUCCCCUCCAUAUCUCAAAUUACUGACAAUCAAGAUACAGAACUAGAGUCGCCAUCCAAAUCACCUGACGUUGCUACUGAGGAAGAAGCCGCAUCGGUUUCUGAAUAUUUUUUCAGUGAUAUUUUCAUGGAGGUUGAUGACUGAUGGGACCUGAGCCGUCGGCUUCACAUCUUUUAAGCUGGAUUUGUGUGAAACGGCCUUUUUUUUUUUUUUACUGUGUAUAGCAGUCGUGUACAGUCACACCUUAGGAAAUAUAUUUAUUUAACGUUAAUUUAUUGGCUCAUUUUGAGCCGUCGGCUGCUACACGUUGCUGUGCAAUGCAUUACAGGAUGCCGUUUUCAGGUUCAGAUACUUGGACUGGCGUUGAUGUGAAUUGACGGGUAUUUUUUACACCAUACAGAUAUAUUGCAGGGGUUGGUUCUUCUUGCUGCAGUGCUCC